GAAGGCGCUGCUGCACAUGGUCACACGGAGCUGCUCAAGUGGCUGCACACUCGAGGUUUAUCUUCCCCUGUUGCUCUGCAUCGAGCUGCUGCAAAUGGCCAUCUUGAAAUCGUGCAAUGGCUGCACGAACACACCAACGCUGAUUCAUCACGUGCAAUGUCGGAUGCUGCCAGUAAUGUGCAUUUCGAAGUGGUGCAAUGGCUGUUUCACAACCUCAACAAUACGAGUACCGACAAGUCAUCCGCGAUGGAGACGGCCUCGGGGGGCCGCCCAGAAGUAAUAAAGUGGUUGCAUGAACACCAAACGGAUGGGAACCCGGGGACAGCAUUGGAUCCCGCAAAUAGCCACCUCCAAGUCCUGCAGUGGUUGCAUAACCACCGCCGAGAAGAAGGAUGUACACCACGCGCAAUGAAUCGGGCUGUGAAAAAUGGGCACCUGGACGUUGUGAAAUGGCUACAUGAAAAUCUAUCUGCAAGUUGCAGCGAUUCGGCCAUGCGUAAGGCAGCCGCUAAUGGGCAUUUGGAAGUGGUCAAGUGUCUAAAUGAGAAC